AUGGCUGAAACGAGCCCCAAAGGAAUUCUCAGAAAUCGGUUCGAGACAGAGAGUGAAAAUGAAAAUCAUUCUGAUCAGUUUGAUCGAAAAGAAGUGAUCCGGAAUACUAGACUCAAUGCUCAACUUGCCUCAGAGUCUUCAAAGGGAGAUGAGAUAAGAGCCAAGUUAGCUGAAGCUAAGUCAAAGCUGAAUGGAUCAGAUGAACAUAAGGACGAAGAGCACUUAAGAUGGGAUGAGCUCAAUUUAUACAAGACAGAGCAAGAGAAGUGCGCGACCAUGAAGAUUGAUGAACCAAAAACACCUUAUGAAGGAGGUUUUAACCCUGAAGGGGAAUACUAUAAAGAUGAUGAUGAAAUUCCUCUGCUUAAAUUAGGUCAGGGGGAAUUUGAUGAAAAUGAAAUCGGUUUGGGUGAGUCACUUAAUGGAGGCAAGAUUAUCAAAGACCCCAACUUUGUCGACAAUUCGCAUGAAGAUAAAGAGGACAACUCUUUGACUGCGGAAGAAAAACACAAAAAUUUUGAGGAAAAAAGGAAGGAGCAUUAUCAUAUGAAGGGCAAAGCUUUGAAACAUCUGGUUCCACUCUCUGAUAACGAAGAUAACGAAUAA